UCAUAUAAAUUAUCAUUCCAAGUAAAGACCAAAACAAACGGCGUGCUCAAAGUGAGCGUAGUUUUGAACAGGAUCAGAUACACUUUGCCUUCACGAUGACCGACAACCUUACUGCUGUGCUAAAAUGUGUCCAUGACAUUCAAUUGGAGGACAGAAAAAUACCCGAGCCGGCUCCGGGCGAGGUUCUGAUUCGCAUGGACUCUGUGGGCAUCUGUGGCUCAGACGUACAUUACUGGACACAUGGAGCCAUCGGCGAUUUCGUGGUUAGAGCCCCAAUGGUUCUUGGCCAUGAAGCGGCUGGGAUUAUUGAAAGAUGUGGAGAUCUAGUCGAAGGGCUUAAAAAAGGAGAUCGAGUCGCCAUUGAACCGGGUGUUUGUUGCCGUCGAUGUUCCUUUUGCAAGGAAGGGCGUUACAAUCUAUGCCUUGAAAUGAAAUUUUGUGCCACUCCUCCGAUUGAUGGAAAUCUAUGUCGGUUUUACACUCAUGCAGCGGAUUUCUGCUACAAACUCCCGGACAAUGUUUCCUUAGAAGAGGGCGCAUUGAUGGAACCAUUGGCUGUGGGUGUACAUGCUUGCACCAGAGCUGGAGUUACCCUGGGUUCGAAAGUCUUGAUCUGUGGGGCAGGGCCUAUUGGUUUGGUAAAUCUACUCACCGCCAAAGCCAUGGGAGCAUCCGAGGUUGUCAUAACGGAUAUUGACGCGCACAGACUGAAGGUGGCUAAAGAAAUGGGAGCAACUGGCACUUACUUGGUUCAAAAGGGAGUUACCAAUGAUCAAAUGAUCGAAGAAAUCAGUGGUCAAUUCGGCGGAGAAAUGGCGAAUGUAGGCAUUGAAUGUAGCGGUGCGGAAUCGAGCAUUCGUUUGGCCAUUUUUGCCACGAAAUCGGGAGGAGUUGUGGUCUUGGUAGGGUUGGGUGCGUCCGAAAUCACCAUGCCUAUUGUCAAUGCCUGUGUCCGAGAAGUGGACAUUCGAGGCAUCUUCCGGUAUGCUAAUUGUUAUCCCAAAGCUAUUUCGAUGGUCGCCUCUGGAGCAGUGAAUGUCAAGCCCUUAAUAACUCACCGAUUCCAAUUGGAAGAGAGCGUUGAAGCCUUUAAAACAGCCAAAACUGGGGCUGGUGGAGCCAUCAAGGUCAUGAUCAAGUGCAAGAACGAAGGUUAGAAUUUUCUUGACAACUUUUACAUGUUCGUCAAUACUUCGAACAAGGAAAUCGCGGCCAAAUAAAAACCGGUAAUUUUAA